AUGGCUGGUAAGCAAUCGUACACCAAUCUUCUCUCAGUUGCCGCCUCAUACACAGCCCAUCAUUGGGAGAGGAUCAGCAGUGGAGACCGACAGUAUCUGAAUGACCGGCUAAUAUUAAUGCCAGACGAACCACGACGAUCGGGCCGAGCCACCAAAGGCCAGCAUAAGAACCUCGAACUGCCAGAUGCCCCGUCCAAGAAAGGCAAGGGCAAAAGUCCCAAAGAAAAGUCCGGCAGCAAAGCCUCCGCAGAACCUACCCCCGGACCUAGCGAAGAUGGAGACGAAGAGGAGAUCAUUCGAUGCAUUUGUGGAGAGUACGAAGAGGAAGAGGAUGUGGAGCGCGAUAUGAUCUGCUGCGACCAAUGCUCAGCAUGGCAACACAACGACUGCAUGGGUCUGGUCUUCCCUAAGGGUGCCGAGCCGGACCAGUACUACUGCGAACAAUGUCGACCCGAGAAUCACAAAGUGCUGCUGGACAAGAUCGCCAAAGGGGAAAAGCCCUGGGAAGAGGUUGCAGAGCGGCGACGACAGGAAGCGGAGGAGAAGAAAUCCAAGCGCAAGAAGGGUAAGAAGGGUAGCCGGAAGAGCAGACCAGGUGAGAGCAAGACCGAGGCUAGCACCCCUGCCCGCGCUGGAACAUCGGCAACGCCUGGCCCAACACCUGGCCCUGCUCAUUCCCCCACCACUGCUGCAUCUGCAUCGGCCGAGCCAGAGAAGAAUGGACAUACUGGAGAUUCACGACGGUCUAGCACCAACAAGCGCAAGUUGGAGGACAGUGCGGAAGCCGAGACAGACUCGGGACCCCAGGUGAAACAGCAACGGUUCUCCCCGCCGGCAGCAGGUCCAAAGGUCAAGACCGAGUCUCCUGCAGUCGCUACCGUGGAAGAGCUCGUACUGCCGGCUCGCAAGAGCGCUGCCAAUGCUCUAAUCAAAUUUUUUGUAGACCAAGUUGCUGCUGCCCAAAAGAAUCAUUCCUUUUCCUUGCCCGAGGGGCAGUCGGCAGACGAUACUGCUCGGUUACUCGGUCUCUCUGUUGAGGGCGCCAUGUAUCAGAACCUCUGUGAAGGCACAGGGGAGCCUACUGAAGCAUACAAAUCGCAGUUACGAGCGAUCCUGUUCAACGUAAAGAAGAACCCUUCUCUACGGGAUCGCUUACUCGUAGGUAGCGUCUCAUCUGAUACACUCUCUAUGAUGAAGUCUGAGGACAUGGCCAGCGAGGAGUUACAGCGAAAGGAUGCAGAGAUUAAGCGAGAGGCAGAGCGACAGCACAUGAUUAUUCAGGAGCAAGGUCCGCGAAUCCGUCGGACACAUAAAGGAGAGGAACUUAUUGAGGAUGAAACCCACAAUGUGGCGGCGGAAUCGGUCUUUUCUACUGUUCCGCGCCGGCCAACAGAUACCGAGGGCAGCCCAGGAAACCAAAGCCCAGCUACCCCGAAGAUAUCUCAGAGAGGCGACGGACACGGUCGAGGCCACUCCCCUGACGGCGGCCAUGGCGACCAUGUUUUCCCAGAGGUUGCUACCAAUAUCCGUGAGCCAAUGCCUCGUGGUACAAUCCAAGCAGAUGCGGAGAUCGACCGAAUGCUGCAAGAAGAUGAGGUUGAUUCUCCACCCUAUUCACCCCAAGAAUUCGACGAGGGCGUUGUCUGGCGCGGUAGAGUUACCAUGGCGCCUGUGGCUGAAUUCUCAUCCACUGCGAGACAUGUUUGCGGUGCUGAACUCAGCGGUCGGAUUCCUUGGAGCCAACUGGCACCCGAGACGUUGUUAGUGGACGGCCGGAUUGAUGUUACACGAGCAAAUAACUAUCUUUGCGGUUUACGAUGGAGCUUAUCGACCGACGUAUCUGUCAUUGGCAUCAAUAGCCCUAACGGGGACCAGGAGCUUGAAGGUUUCAAUAAACUCUUUGACUACUUUUACAGCCGCCAACGCUACGGUGUGAUUGGCAAGCACCCUCUUGCCGCUGUCAAAGACACCUACAUUGUUCCUCUCGAAAAGGGCACAACCACACUUCCCGACUUCAUCAACCUGCUCGAGAACACGAAUCUCGGCGAUGGUCCCAUCGAAGAGCGUCUUCUCCUCGUUGUCUUCGUCGUCAAGACCGGCGACUCCAAUCCUACCUCCGUUCAACCUCCCUCUCACCAGCCCAGCCUGGAGCCUGCAGCAUCUGCAAGCCCCCUCACCGCAGCUGGCAACACCCCACAACAUGCCUUUGCCGCCGGCCAAAAUCCCGCCUAUAACUCCACUUCUACCGGCCCUCAAGUCCCCCAUACCCAGGUCCUGCAGCAUGCUCUCCCGCAUUACCAAAAUUCCCUCCACGGCAUGCCCGCAGCCCUACACGUUCUUGGUGCACAGAACGUGAACUCGCCUGCCAUUCAAAAACUCCUCCAGACUGCGCCAAAUGUGGACGUGGCACAGUUGAACGUUGUCCGCGACAUUCUUAUCCGCCAGCCGGCUGCCGCUGCGGACUAUGAAACGCUGAUGCAGGCGCUCUUCGACACUCAGGCAAACGGCCACGCCUGA